AUGGCAGUCUUUGCCAACGCCGGCAUCAUGAUCAAGGUGCUGGAGCCACGCAAGGGCGACAAGCCUGCUCAAGGUGGCGACUACUACUGGGGUCUCGUGGACGAAGCAGCCCCGAAGGAUCUCUUCCGGAUAGCGGUCACUGGCAACAUGAAGGUCAAAGAGCUGAAGGACAAGAUUGCGAAGGAGAAGGGCUACGCGGUCGACUCUCAGCGAAUCAUGUACUUCGGCGGCGAGCUCGAAGACAGCAGGACCCUGGAGAGUGCGGGUAUGAACAACACGGAUGAUCCGCUCCUGCACAUGAUUCCGCAGCCUUAG